AUGAACAACUGCAAUGGCAGUUCUUCUGCUAAAGACUUUUAUCUCACUGGAUUUCCUGCACUUCAAGAUUUCCAAAUCCCUCUUUUCUUUGUAUUUUUGUUAUGUUAUCUGAUAAUACUAAUUGGUAAUACCAUUAUUAUAGCUGUAGUUGUGAUUGAUCAAACACUUCACAAACCCAUGUACUUUUUCCUAACUAAUCUCUCUGUGCUAGAUAUACUAUUUACAACUACUACCAUUCCCAAAAUGUUGGCAAUGUUUCUGGUCAAUGCCAAAACUAUUUCUUUUCACUUCUGCUUUCUGCAGAUGUACUGUUUUCAUGGUCUAACAGUGAUUGAAUCGCUAUUUCUUGUAGUCAUGUCUUAUGAUCGUUAUGUAGCGAUAUGCACUCCUUUCCAUUAUCCUGUUAAAAUGACAAAGAAAGCAAACAUUCUACUGGCAGCGUGUGCCUGGGUAACUCCAUUGUCAAUAUCAAUACCUAUUACCUUCCAGGUCUCUCUGUUAACAUUUGGUGAAAAAACCACAAUUUAUAAUUGCUUUUGUGAUCACUUGGCAGUUGUGCAGGCAGCAUGUUCAGAUUUCAUCGCCACUUUUCAGUCUCUCAUGGGGUUUUACUUUGCCAUGACUGUUUCAGCUGUGCCUUUUAUACUCGUCGCCCUGUCAUAUAUUUGCAUCAUUAUCUCCAUAUUAAAGAUCAACUCUAACAUAGGUCGCAGUAAGGCUUUUUCUACUUGCACUUCCCAUUUGAUUGUGGUUGGCACUUACUAUUCAUCCAUCGCCAUGGCAUAUGUUUCCUACAGAGCAGACCUGCCGAUUGAUAUCCAUAUAAUGGGUAAUGUUGUUUUUGCUACUUUAACCCCCUUGUUAAAUCCACUCGUUUACACUUUGCGAAACAAGGAAGUAAAAUGUGCAGUAAAAAAGUUUGUUUUUCUAAAGCUCAUUUCUCCUUCUAACAAAAUGUAA